GGGGUCGGUGUAGAACCCAACAAAAUCUGUAUUGUCCAUGAAUUCUGCAGUAAGGGAUGUAUAGAGGAUGUAUUAGAGAACGACAAUAUCAAACUGGACAUAUCAUUUAAAAUGUCCAUUCUAAAGGAUAUAGCUGCGGGGAUGUCGUUUAUACAGUCGUCAUGCCUCAAGGACCACGGUCAUCUUACGUCAAAAUGUUGUAUGGUGGACAGUCGGUUUGUGGUCAAGAUAACGGACUACGGCCUCUCAACCCUCUACUUGAAUGCAAGACAGACACAUUAUGCCCAAGAAUUAUGGGUGGCACCGGAACAUCUACGUGAUGGAGGACACAGUAUCAAGGGGGAUGUUUUCAGUUUCGCCAUCAUAACGGUGGAAGUCCUCACCCGUUCAACGCCCUACGACGCCUACAGAACUGUCAUGGACGUGCAAGAGAUAGUAGACAAAAUAAAAGAGAGAGAUGAACCCCUGUUUCGUCCGAUCCUCCCGAAAGAUCGUGGUCCUAUCGAACUGCUCGAUCUGCUCACACGAUGCUGGGCGGAGGACCCGGAGGACCGUCCGGAUUUCCAUGGUAUCGCUAGAUCACUGCGCAAAAUGAUGGGGACGAAACAUACGAACUUCGUCGACAUGCUGUUACAGAGGAUGGAGAAGUACGCUACGAAUCUAGAGGAUAUUGUUGAGGAGCGCACGCAGCAACUUCUGGUGGAGAAGAAACGCUCAGAGGAACUGUUACAUGAGAUUCUCCCAAAAAGCGUGGCCAGAGAUUUACUUCAGGGUCGACACGUGAUGCCGGAAAGCUACAGUUCAGUCACCAUCUACUUCAGCGACCUGGUAGACUUCGCAUCCUUGUGCUCAGAACUGACAGCGUUACAGGUGAUUGACAUCCUUAAUGAGGUGUAUACACUGUUUGAUAAUACCAUAGACAAGUACAAUGUUUACAAGGUUGAAACCAUUGGGGAUGCUUAUAUGGUGGCGUCCGGUCUUCCUAUAAGGAAUGGCACACAACACGUGACGGAAAUCUGUCGUAUGGCCCUUGAUCUCCUUGACCGGAUAUCUAGUCAUGAGUUAAAACAUAACGUCGUGGACAAAGUGAAAUUACGUAUCGGCAUACAUACAGGUCCUUGUGUAACAGGUGUGAUAGGACUAAAGAUGCCAAGAUAUUGCCUGUUUGGUGACACUGUCAACACCGCUUCCAGGAUGGAAUCAACAGGCGCUGCGCUGAAGAUACACAUAAGCGAUGCAACCAAGAAAGCUACAGACGACAUGGGCUUGUUCAAGGUGGAAUGUCGCGGGGAUAUUAACGACAAGGGGAAAGGUACUAUGACAACUUUUUGGUUACUGGAGGAACUGACGCCAAUCAUGUCCUAAAAACUGUUCCCGAGGAUUCAAUAAAUGCUAUCUACGGAGGAGCAUUGGGUUCGACUGAUGUUCUCGAAUCGCAACAAUAUCCAUUCUUGUUAGGAAAUUAUGUUGAAAGGACAUACAGUACCAUGAUCCAACAAAGGUCACCAACGUAUCAUCGUCAGUAGUUCAUUUUCUUUUCCGCUAUACUGUGUAUGUACGAAAGAAUGUACUAAAGGUCCCAAGUACCACUUCAAAAAAAAAACUGCUUUUUGUUGGAAAACAUUCUGGAGUGACUAUAGCUUUGAUGAAUCAUUUCUAAUAAAGAAAUGUAAACCUUGCGGAACUUUUAGGAAAAAAUGAAAAGAAUGAACAACAGUGUAUAAAGUGUUCACAUGCAAUGGAACCAGACUAAGGUUCUAAACCUUAUUUCAUCCUGAUACUGUCGCUUUUACCAUUGAAGAUACCUGGUCAAUUGGGAGGUUACUUUUUGUACGCGAAAUUACAGUGGAGUUCUCUAGUAUUUUGCUUGCAGUGGGUCAGUGAUCCUGAAUCAAGGAGAUAUAUAUAUAUUGUGAGUGUGACAUUGUGAAUAGUGAAACCCUGUCCAAGAUAGACGACUUGAUCUGUGAUAGUUGUGUUGUUCCGUUUACUGUUACUGAUGGUAUAUGUUAAGUGCAAUAUUUGAUCUUCGAGUCACCGUAUUGUUUUAUUAAUUUUGAUACUAACUGUAUUCAAUAACAUAAAAAUGUAUUUAUUAAUGAAG